AUGACCUACGAAAACAACGCUCACCAGCAGCAGAACGGUGCUGGCGCCGCAGGUCUCGAGUCCAGGUUCGCCAACAUGUCCGUCCAGAACGGCGCCGCUGGCGGCCCGCCCCGCAAGGCAUACGUGCCUCCUCACCUCCGCAGUGCUGGCGGCAUGAACUCGAACGCGCCCGCCUUUAGCCCCAAGCCCCCCGUCAACGGUGGCGCCGCCGACGUUGCGCCGCCUCCGGCCGCGCCCGCCGCCUUCAACAGUGGCUUCAACCGCGGCCCUCCCCGCGGCGGCAGCGGCUGGGACACGCAGGGCGCUGGCGGCUACGGCGGCGGCCGCGGUGGCGGAUACAGCUCCGGCCCCCGCAGCGAUGGUUUCGGCACGUGGAAGGACGGCCAGCACAUCAUUGGCGCGCCCAACCCGCGCAUUCAGAAGGAGCUCUUCGGCGAGGACGGCGACGGCUCUUAUCAGAGCACCGGCAUCAACUUUGACAAGUACGGCGACAUCCCCGUCGAGGCCACCGGCCGCGACUGCCCGGAGCCCGUCACCGAGUUCACCAGCCCGCCGAUUGACCCGCACCUGCUCGACAACAUCAAGCUCGCCCGCUACACGCACCCCACGCCCGUCCAGAAGUACUCGAUCCCCAUUGUCGAGCUCGGCCGUGACCUCAUGGGCUGUGCCCAGACCGGUUCCGGCAAGACGGGUGGUUUCCUGUUCCCCAUCCUCUCGGCGCUCUUCACCCACGGCCCGCCGCCGCCGCCUCCGGAGGCUGCCCAGGGCGGCUUCGGCAGGAGGAAGGCCUUCCCCAGCACCCUCAUCCUCGCCCCGACCCGUGAGCUCGUCUCGCAGAUCCAUGACGAGGCCCGCAAGUUCACCUACCGCUCCUGGGUCAAGCCCGCCGUCGUCUACGGCGGUGCCGACAUCGGCUCCCAGCUGCGCCAGAUCGAGCGUGGCUGCGACCUCCUCUCCGCCACCCCCGGCCGUCUCGUCGACCUGAUGGAGCGAGGCCGCAUCAGCCUCAGCAACGUCCGCUUCCUCGUCCUCGACGAGGCCGAUCGCAUGCUCGACAUGGGUUUCGAGCCCCAAAUCCGCCGGAUUGUCGAGGGCGAGGAUAUGCCCGGCGUCAUGGACCGCCAGACGCUCAUGUUCUCGGCGACGUUCCCGCGCGACAUCCAGCUUCUGGCCAAGGAUUUCCUCAAGGAGUACGUCUUCCUCUCGGUCGGCCGUGUCGGCUCCACGUCGGAGAACAUCACGCAGAAGAUCGAGUACGUCGAGGACGAGGACAAGCGGUCGGUGCUGCUCGACGUGCUGGCGUCGAUGCCGACGGGCGGUCUGACGCUCAUCUUUGUCGAGACCAAGCGCAUGGCCGACAUGCUGAGCGACUUCCUGCUCCGCUCCAACAUCGCCGCCACCUCGAUCCACGGCGACCGCACCCAGCGCGAGCGCGAGCGCGCCCUCGAGCUGUUCCGUGGCGGACGCACGCCGAUCAUGGUCGCUACCGCCGUUGCCGCCCGUGGUCUCGACAUCCCCAAUGUCACCCACGUCGUCAACUACGACCUGCCCUCGGACGUCGACGACUACGUCCACCGUAUCGGCCGAACGGGUCGUGCCGGUAACACCGGUCAUGCCACCGCCUUCUUCAACCGCGGCAACAAGAACAUCGUCCGCGACCUCCUCGAGCUGCUCAAGGAGGCCAACCAGGAGAUCCCCACGUGGCUCGAGGCCGUCGCCCGCGAGAGCACCUUUGGCAGCGGAGGAGGACGUGGCGGCCGAGGACGCGGCCGCGGACGCGGAGGCUCGUCGUUCGGCAACCGUGACGCCCGCUCCGGAGGUAGCAGCUUCGGCGGCGGUGCCGGUCGCGGCGGCUUCGGCGGCGGCUUCGGUGGUGGCGGCGGAGGCUACGGCGGCGGAGGAUACGGCGGCGGCUACGGUGGAGGCUUCGGCGCCCCUGCCCCCGCCGCUGGCGGAUACGGCGGCCCCCCGCCCGCCUCGCAGGGCGGCAGCUACGGCGGCUCCAACGGCCCGUCGUGGUGGUAA